CUGUUCUCCAGCCGAAUCAGGAUGUCUGACUCUCAGGGCUGGGCUCUGAACAGCAGUGCAUCUCCUCUCAUCAAUCAUUWCUCCAGAUUCCCUACCACCUCCUCAAAGGACCACGUCCUCAGUUCACCACAGAUCUUCAAAUCAGGUCCAAGCCAUAGGCAACAACACAACCAGCAGGAAGAACUAACUAAGAGGCCUUACAGCAACUUACAACGCCAGUCAGGCAUGGAGAAAGAGCAGGAGCUGAGACAAGAGGAGGAAGAGGAGGAAGAAGAUGAAGUUGAAGAAGAUGAGGAGUCUGAAGAAGAAACGGGGCUGAAGCCACACACUAGCCGGCAGUCAUACGCUGCUCUGUAUGCACAGAUGCGCAGACAGAAGUGAAAGCCAGGAUGAAAGACCCCCAUCUAUCCCUGUUACAGUCUUUUCAUUAAGUUUUAGACUUUCAUCAUUAUGCUGGACUGCUGGAUAUGGGCACCAGUGACCCACGYGACSCUGAAAAGGAAGAAGCGUGWACAGAAAAUGGAUGGAUGGAUCAUUAUGCUGUUAACAAUAUUUGUAUCCAAAAACCUGACGAAUCCAAUCAGUUAAAUUACAAGCUUCUUUUGGCGACAUAGUAUGGAGCUAAAAGAGUCUCAAUAUUCACAGAUUCACAUGUACACAGGACAAAGCAAGGCAAAAUUUUCAAGUUGAGGCAAGUCGGMGUCUCAAAAUCCACAGUGAAGUUCACAGACCAACAGUUUGUAAAUCAAGAUAUAUUUGUGUUAAAUAUGCACAUGUAAAUCUCCCUACGCAUUUGUAAAUAGUGAGACUCCUUAAACUCCAUAACAUAAAGACCUGCAUGACUUAUUUUUUGCUUUUAAACUCAGAGAAGACAGAGGUUGUGGUUUUGGUGUGCUGAUCAUUACCAACAUGCAUGGUAAAAAAUGGAACAGCAUGGGAGUAACAAGGAAUACAAGCAUUAAAUUAACUUCUUUUGAAUAAAAAUAACAUUGAAUUUUA